AAGUGGGUGGAGAGGAGAUGAUAUAAGAGACUCACGUCCACGGCCGCGCCCCUCGAACUUUCGCUUUCCCUCUUCUCCAGGAAGAGCGCACCGACAAAGGGGACAAAGGAUGACUGCUGCCGGAGACGGAACCGGGGGUAGGGUGAACGGGCAGGCGGCGACGAUCCCGUCGGGGUCGAGGAAAUUGGUGCAGAGUCUUAAGGAAAUCGUCAACUGCUCCGAACCGGAGAUCUAUGCCAUGUUGCGUGAGUGCAAUAUGGACCCUAAUGAGGCCGUCCAAUGCCUCCUAUCCCAAGAUACUUUUCAGGAGGUCAAAAGCAAGCGUGACAAGAAAAAGGAGGUCAGAGAGUUUCCGAAAUCUAGAUCUCAAACAGUCAACACCAAUUCAGGUCAUGGAUCUAAGGGUAGUAGUGAUCAUAGGGGCCGUCAUCAGUCCAGUUUGACUGAUAAAAACCAUGGCAUUGGAACUGCUGAACAUCAUCGCAUUUCCAAUUAUUAUGGGUGGUCCCUAGUCCAAGAGCAACCUGCAGAAAGUGUGUUAACCACUAUGGAGAUAACUUCACCAGCUUAUACUAACCCAUCAGAACUGGCAGCACCUAAUUUGAUGGUUGUUUGUUUGGACUUGCAAAUAGAUCCUUGUUCAGAAGAUAUCCAAGACCAUGAUGGAAGAGCAAGUGUUAAACCUCAGCCAAUAGAAUCCAGACCCAUAUCUGCAUCGGAAAGGCAGUUAGAUGUUGAAACGUCUGAAGAUGCUUCCUAUUUCGAUGACAGAUUAUUGAGUAUGGAUUCCUACCAAUCUGUAGAUCUUGAAUUUAAUUGCCAUAAAGCUGAGGAUGGUUUGGAGAUUUCUUCAACUGCCGCAACACUAAGGCAAUUAAGUGUACAUGGGGGAGGGGAACACAAAAACUAAGGCUGGGCCUGCAUUAAUAAUUCCUGACCAUCUCAGGGUUACAAAUGCAGAUUGUUCCCAACUAAGUUUUGGUAGUUUUGGGGCUGGUGCAUUUUUCAGAUCCUUUUCGUCAAAGCCACCAGAAAGCAACUUGAAAGUGGCCCCAGCUGUAAAUGAUGAUUAUCAAAUUGAUGAGUCAGAUUCGAGAAAUCAUGAGUACCACAACAAUGAGUAGUUCAAGCCUACUCUCACUGAGAAUGUAGCGUCCGUAACUUGCACUGCUUCAGAAAAUGUUGACGUGCCUUCAAUUUCACAACGUGAAGGUUCAUUGGAUGCUACAAAUGAGUAUGACUUUCUGCAGUUUCCAGUUAUGGGUUGCCAAGCUCCACACAGACAAAUGCUACAGCUCACACCUAUCUGCAUGGGAAUUCACAAAUACAAAAUCUUUCACCUUUUUCAAGUCUAAUGCAAGCCAAUUCUCUACAAAACAACAUGUUAGCAACAAGCUUUCCACAUCUUCGAGACGUUGAUCACCCUUUGUCUCCCCUGCUUGCAAACUAGCAUGUAUCGAGAGGUAUGGCACUACAGUGUCAUCUAUCGGUGGACCAUCCUCUUCCAUGCCCGAGGUCUUGAAACCCACAAUGUUUCUGAAUCCUCAAUCGGCUCCUGUAUCCUUGCCUACAACCACCCUGCUAACAAGCUCUGCAUUCCCUCAGGCCCUUCCUGUUCCGCAUUACUCUCAGCCAGCUAUUCCAUUAGGGCAUUUUGCUAAUCUGUUAAGCUAUCCCAUUCAACCACAGAGCUACCCAUACUUGCCUCCGAUGCCACAAACAUUGUCUGUGGUCAGCCCAUUCCAUCCAUCUGCUGUCUUACAUAAUGCCGGCAUGAAGUAUUCGCAACUUCAAUACGAAAGCAACUUACCCACACCAAGCUUGCCCCAGGCUUCUGCCAUAUCUCAUUAUGGAGGGUUCGGAAGCUCAUCUAGCAUUCCUGGAGGCUUGAACCUCACCCACACAACUGCUUCUAACACGAUGGUUGGGAUUAAUGAAGCUCUGAGCCAGCAGUACAGAGAAGCGAGUCAUUUCUUAUCCCUUCAGCAGGAGGCUUGCAAAGAGAACAUUUACAGAAUCCUACCGAACUGAAUCUCAAUGGUUCUCAGACCACCAUACAAUCGCAACCAGCAAGCCAAAUCUGGCAACAAGGCUACUAAGCCGUCUCCUAAGUUUUCAAAGUUCUUUAGAGUGCUCAAGUAGGUUGAUCCCAGACAUAUGCCAGUUUGAGCGUUCAGGACUAAGAGGCGCUUCUUGUAUCCGACGAGGGCUGUGCGUUUUCAGAGUUCGAGCGCGUGUUCUAAUGUCGGUGACGAAGUUGGUGGCGUAAAAACUGAACAUGGAGAACAUUUCUUGAUCUCCUUCACCUUCAGCCCAGCAAAGGCAUCCAUCAGCACUAAGAUGCUCUGCGCGUGGACCAGGUUCAGGUUGCCGAGGUAG